GUUCUUUCCCAUUUCCCACAACAUCUGCGCAAAGUCAAAAGUUAGAAAGGCGGCAAGUUCCUGCGACGCGCGAGCACGCUAACGGCUCUCUCUCGUUUUCUCGAUCAUCUCUCCGUCGCCGAUCGACUUCUCCGUUCAAAAGGCAUUCGCAUUGUUCGCUUGGAGUUUCGGAUUCAACACUUCGGUUUCCGAAAACCCUAGCUUCGUCAGUUCACGCUCUCUCCAACGUUACUUGUGUUUUCCCCUUUCUGGAAUCCAUCGAAUAUGGCGGCGGAAACAGCUUCCGCCGCCGCCCCCUUGUUGUCUCUGCCAGUGGGCUAUCACUUUAGCCCUAGCGACGAAGAGCUCGUGGAGUAUUACCUGAAGAGGAAAGCUAGAGGAGAGAGUUUCCCGUACAAUGUGAUUCCCGAUUGCGAUCUCUACGGCGACAAGGCUCCGUGGGAGAUGUUUCCCCGGGAUGCCGGAACAGGGAGAGAUAGGUUUUUCGUCUUCACCAAGCUGAAGAGGCUGAGUAAGAGAAGGGUUUCGCGGACAGCCUCUAUUGGAGAAUGGCAUGGUAACACUUCUGGUGAAAUUUUUGAUGGGAAGAAGAACAAUGUGAUUGGCACUAGGAGACAGUUCGUUUUCAAGGUGAAGAAAGGGAAACAAGGGAGUGCCUCGGGAGCUCCAGUGGGGCAUUGGAUAAUGCAUGAGUAUUCACUUGCUGGGAUUGAUUCUGAUGUUGUGUUGUGUGAAAUAGAAAAUAAGGAGAAGAAGAGGUUGAGAAGUGAUUAUGAAAGGGUGUUUUGUGAGACUGUAAACAAGGGAAGUAAAAGGCUGAGGAUGGAUGAAGAUGGUGCUUUCUUGACUGCCACGGAUGAUGGUGUAUCGUCAUUGGCAGAUAUGGAGUCCGAGUUAAAUAAAUAUUUGUUCAGCGACCCUGAAGAUGCUGCUGUGUCAUCGUCGUCAUCAUUUUUGGAAAUGGUUACAGAGUUGGCUAGUAACUUUCCUUUCUCGUCCGCUGUUGGACACUCUACCGAACAGAUAUCAAUUCAACAGGAGGUGCAGGCAACAGUGAAUGGUGGAUUGAGUUGUGGAGAUUCUUGUGAUAUUCUUGCUGUAUCAACAAAUGAUGCUGAGGAGGAGACCGUGUCGUCCCUUCAAAGUUCAAUCGACAAUCCCAUGACUUCCUCGUCAUCAUCAUUGAUUCCAGUAGUUUUAGCUUCUGAUUUGGAUCUGUCUCAAGAUGAUUGUUGGGGAGAUGAUGAACUUGGAUUCCUUACACGCUAUGGAGCAUCAGAGUUUACUGAUCUUCCAAUCUUUGACUUGGAUGAUAACUUGUGCAACCAACUUGAUUUUGACACUAGUGCUGGACUUGCCAUGACUGGUUUGUGGUAGGUGUGAGGUUCUUUUUGCUUUCCAUUUUACUUUUGCUAAUCUUUUGGUGAUAAUUGCCUGACUGCUUGUCAAGCUGUUAUCACUUAAUGAUUUAUAUUAUUAUGUUUGUGUAUAUUCUGUGAGAACGGUCUUUUGUUGAGGCAGAGGCUGGGAGCGGUAGCGCUUGGGGCUCUUUCCUAAGUUCAGGGCCAAAGGUUUGCAGGGAACUUAAACCAUUUUGAGUUUUUGAUUGACCCGUUUCUUCUCUGGAAUUUCAGGAGUCACAUUUGGUGUUUGUUCAUCUUGCUAUUGCAAUUCCUCGAGCCAUGGGCAAGGCAGCCUCGAUUGGUAAAAGCUGAUUGCUAGGCCCCAUACUCUGAGGCGCUUAUGAAGGGUAGCAUGAUGGACAACAACCACCACAUUGCCUUGCUAAGCUUGGCAGAAAGGAUAACCAAAACAACGGAUUUGAAUGAUUCAUAAUCGGUUUGGAGUGUUCUUGAUUGAGGCCCUGCUGCUUCAUAUUAUAACUCUGUCCAUUGUCAUCAAAUUCAUCUGUUGCAAUUAUAUGCAAUUUGGCUAUUUGCUCGAUAGCCAUUUGCACUCUGUUAAUGCUUUCUCUCCUUUAAUUAUGAAUGGACCGUUCUAAUGUCUAUUUUAACCUAAUAUUGCAGGCAAUAAUAUAUUGCUGGUCUGUGUCCUGGAGAGUGCUAUCAUAGGAGUUGCAGUUCUUCUUCGUCUAGCAGCAAAUUAGGAAGCCUGGUCUAGUUAGUGAGUUAUGGCGAGAAAGGAGUCGGAGUCUUAAGGCUAAUCAGGAGCUGUCUCUCAGUCGGAGUUCAAGCUACAAUGAGUGGUGGAGGCCUCUCUAGAGAGUUUUCUAGUGGAAGCAGCAGCAGCAGCAGCAGCUAUGGUUUUGAUCAGUCUGAUACCUGUAGCUGUGUGGUAGUGAUAGAAUUUUUGUAUACUGGUAAACACAGUGGACGAGUCACUGUCAUUGUAGCUGCAACUCGCUGCUCUUUGUUCUCAGCAUCCUGCUGGGUUUUUUCGUACUAGUUUGGGAUGCUUCUUUUGAUGCAACCAUGUGAUCCAGUCACCUAUUUGGUGGCUUUUCUGAAUAUAUAAUAAUAUAUAAGUAGAUUUUAGUGUUAAGGUAACUCAAACUUGCUUCUCUUUGUCUUAUGAAAUGUUACUUGAG